CUUUAUAAUGCGUCAUAAGACCCCUAAGGAUCACUGGUUUGGGCUCCGGAUACAGAAGGAAGGACGACCCUGGAAAUGGACAAAUGGUACCAUCUUCAGCAACUGGUUUAAAAUUAGAGGCAACGGCUUUUGUGCUUACCUGGAUGACGACGGGGCCAGUUCAUCACGAUGCGACACACCACGAAACUGGAUAUGCACCAAAUCGCCUCACAGUGAUGGCUGGGAGGAGUUUCAAGGUUUUCCUACCCACAAUUCAUCACUGGUCCAUGGUUACCAAGUCACAAGGAAGAAUUGCUCAGUACCAGAGAACCAGCUAAAAGAGGGAGGCAGAUGAAGACACCAUUAUACCCAUUCUUCUUUUUCUGCUGCACUUUCCCACAUCACAGUGGCCAUUGAAACCAACCAACUACCCUGAGACAGAAUGGGAUGGAGAGAGGCAUGGUAUCAAUGGCGUAUUUAGGGGAGGGACAGAGGGGGUGGAUGAC